UAUGAGUGCUGAUUCGGAGGAACAGAAUAGGUAAAUAAACUUGUAAAUGAUAAAUCAAGGGAUGUUUCAAAUGAUCCAUAACCAAAACCUGACAAUAAGAAAGUACAAGAUUUUACAGAGGAUUGGGGGUAUUAAGGAAACCCAUCACCACGAUUUACACCUAUGCCCUAUCAAUAAUUAUUUCCUCCCAUGUGUCCUCCUCCAUUUGAAUUAGAAAAAUAAGGUAUCACGAUGACCUUCUAUGCAAGUCUAUCAUGACUAUGAUCCACAGAAAUAUCCCCAAAUGAACAGUGAUAGGAAAGGACCAAGUAGAUAUCCUUAUCCAAAGCAUUUAUUAGGUGAAGUUCCACAUAUGGAUCACAUUGACGAUGAUCCCCAUCGUAUCCCUAUGCAUUAUCCUUUCGGCUAUUAUCCCCCUAUGAAAUACCAACCAUAACCAAUGUUUAUGAAAUAUCCACCUCCUCCAUAGUAAGGUUAGGCUUAUAUGGUUCCACCCAAUCCAUGGUAUCAUCCAAGACCAUAGUAAUAAUUAAUGCCUCCAUUUUGUUAUUAUCCAUAAUCUCAAUAUGAUGGACUGCAAUGUUAAAAUACAGUUUCAAAGGAACUGUAAUCCAAAGUGUUACAAUUAGUUUAAUAUCAAAAAGUUUCAGAUUUUUAAUGUAAUUGCAAAAAAAGCAAAUGUCUGAAACUCUAUUGUGAAUGCUUUGCUAAUAAUUGGGUAUGAGAAUUAAUAAUAUUUAUAAAAAAAGGUAUGUUCUCAAAGCUGCAAUUGCUAGGAUUGUAAAAAUAGAAUUGAUAAUCCAUAAGAAAGAUCAAAAGCUAUAGAGGAAGCAUUAUUAAGAAAUCCAGAUGCUUUUGCAUAAUGUUUUUAAUAAAAGAGUUAAACCUAAUUCUCUGUCUAAUAAUAAGGUAAUAUUGAAUGUUAAAAAUUUAAGAUAAACCUCUUAAAGAACCUACAAAGGAAAACUCAAAUAUCACAAGAAAAGGAUGUAAUUGUAAGAAGUCUGGAUGUAAAAAGAAAUAUUGUGAAUGUUAUAGUCAAAAUUUAAAAUGUAGUGAUUUAUGCAAAUGUGAAUAAUGUCUUAAUAGAACUGAUGCUGAGAUAUAAGCUUAAUAAGAUAUAGCUUAAGUUUUGAAUUCUUAGGAUUAAGUUAAUGUAGAUAUAAAGGUCAAUUAAAAAUCUAAAAAAAUAAAGAAAAUUGGUAAUGGAAAUGAAGAUAAAAGUGAUUCAUAGAAACCUGUUGUUUAAUUGAAAAUAAAUGUUAAUAAUAAUAGUAGUCGAAAAAAAUAAGAUAAAAAGUGAA